GCCCAUGUCGGUCUCCUUCGUCCUUGUGCUCGUGGAAGCCCCCGCGCCGGCUGCCCUCCACCCUCGAAUGGCCAGUACAUCGACUAUGAUCUGAACUCUCCUAUCGGGACCCAUGACUCCCAGAACGCUCCCCUCUGCAAGCAAUCCAUCCCUUCUGCCAUCCGCACCGUCCUCACUGCUGGUCAGAGCAUCCAAACCUCUUAUUCUGUUGGCGCCCCCCACAUGGGCGGACACUGCCAAUGGGCCCUCUCGUACGACGGUGGCCGUACCUGGGUUGUGCUCAAGACCAUGAUCCGCAGCUGUCUCCAGGGCAUCAGCGGUGGACAAGAUUACUCGGUUUCGGUGCCCUUGCCUGCGAACGCGCCUAAUGGCAAGGCAACCUUGAUGUGGUUGUGGAACAAUGCGGUCGGUAACCGAGAGCUGUACUCGAACUGUGCAGAUGUUGAGAUCCAGGGCGGACCCAAUGGUGGACAGCUGUCUGGUGUAGUGCCUUUGAUUGCGAAC